AUGAUAGAAAACACACUGAAUGAAGAAGAAGAUCCAUUGAGUGUAGGCGAUAUCUUAGGAGAAGUUUAUCAUGACUUAUCCAAACUUUUACCUUCUCAGGUUCCUACGAGUGUUGCUUUUGCUUAUAGUCAUGCUCCAACUCCUUCCAAUGUUGUUUCUGCCACUACUAAUACUCAACUUCCUUCCCCUCAUAACAUUAUUCUAUCGAAUCACGUUGCGUCUGAUUGGGUUCAAAUGUCCAACAACUCUAAUCACUUAUAUUCUGACAAAUUGAAGUCACAUCACAUACAAUAUGAGCGUUGGACAGAAGAUGAACACAGACUAUUUCUUCUUGGACUUAUAGCUUGUGGCGAAGGACAUUGGAAAGACAUUUCAGAAUUAUACAUUGUAUCAAAGUCUCCAUCUCAAGUAGCAAGUUAUGCUCAAAAAUACAAGAUUCAUCAAAAUGCCUCAACGAAAAAUAAGAAGAGAAAAAGUAUUCACGAGGUUUCUAUUGAGCCUUCUAAACAUGUUCUUCCUGCUUAUAUGAUUUCGUUGGACGAAACAUCAUUCAAAGAUGAUGUGUUGAAUUGUGCAAAUCACAUGGAAAGCUACAAUAAUUCUAUUGUUGUGGUUCCUCAUAAGAAAUAG